AUGGCCAGCCCCACACUGGGGCAUUUUGCAGAGGUUAUUGACUGCGAGUUGCACCGCGUUAGCAUUAUCUAUUUAGUGCGGGGAUAUCACCUAGGGUACUCCUUAGCGGUGGCCACUUUCCUCUUUCUUGUGGCUCUCACGUUUUUUUUUCCGGCAAAGCAACCUGUUUAUGUCGGUGUUGUCCCCUUCAUUGCAUGCUCCUUCACAGUGUUUAUGGUUGCAGCAGGUCUCUUUUGCGCCGCCGGCGGAGUCUUUACACGAAGAAAGCGGCAAGAAGAAUGGUUUCUGGGCAAUGUGAAGGAUUUAUUCCAUUUCCUUCUAGAGAAUACGUCUUCUUACAGGAUGGGGCAAAUACUGUUGGCGUUGGAGGCCAUGGCACAGCUUGGCAAAAUACUUUGCGGGUCAGCGUGUGUUUGCUUGUUGUUGUUACUGUGGAUAGCCUGGCUGAUGCUUAGGAUGAGGCGGAGUGUCAUGGGUGAAGUGGGUUGA